ACUUUUUCAUCAGCUAAUGUGAAUCGUCGUUUUACCUCUAUCAUUAAUUUUCGCGUUGCAUAAUUUUUGUCUGUGCUUCCAUAUCAAGCUGCUGAUUUAGUUUUUUCUUUUGGCGAAAAUUGUUCGAGAUUCUGUAAUUGAUCAAACGUAUGAUGCAUUAUUGCUUUAGAUUUGGUUUGUUUGCUCUGAAAGGUAGUAUUUUUUGUCUACGGCAUUAUGUCGAACACUUGGUGUGCAGUUCGAUAGCACUUGUUUGUUAGCAAGUUUAUGUAAACUAUCAUGCAAUUAUAAUUGUGUGAUGUUAUAUUGUGUUAAUGGAACUUUAAUUCUUGAUGAUAAGAGGCAAACAGUUGCAUCGAAUCAAAUUGGUUCUUUUAAAUUUUAAUUAAAUUUUGGGACCUAACUUGUACUGAUGUGCUAAUAGGGGUAUGUAAGCUAACUAGCAUGUAGAUGAAAUUUAGGAUUUAAAGCAGAAAGCUACUUGUGAUAAUGUGGUAGCUCCGACUCGUAUACCUUAUUAUUUUCUCUCGAACUUGCUUUUCUUGAGAUUUGGUGUGGUUGCUCGAUUGGUAGCGAUAUUUUGUCUGCUGCAUUACUUAGAACACCUGGUGUGCAGUUCAAUAAAACUUGUAUUCCGAAAAUCUUUGUAAAGUAUCAAUUUUUGGUGUUGUAUUAUGUUAACGAAACUUUCAAACUUGUUGCAUCUGAUCAGAUUGUUCCUUUCCAUGAAAUCUUGAGAGAAAUCAGUUUGCUUUUUUGUACGGAUAAGGGCGCUUAUCAUAACAAACAUGUAGAUGGCAUUUAGCAACUUGUGAUAAUGUCAUAGCUCACUAGCUCAGGGCUCAAACAGCUUAUUAAUUUCUCUCAAACUUAUGUUUCUUGCGUUGAUGACCCUGAGAUAUUAUCUAAACCAGCCGGUCACCAAGUUGGGCAAAUAGAGUAACUGCCAUUUUUGUUGAUUCUUUUGAUUCUUACUAUUAUAUUCACUUGAAGAGUCUUGCUACCUGUGGUUUUGACUGGUGAUGGUCGAAUUUCGAAUUAGUUGUUCUCUACUUUUUAUGUUCUGUUUUUGAGAUAUUCUUUGAUGAUUGGUUGUACAUUGUAAUGAUAUGAUCAAACUUCUUGCAGUGGCUUGUUUUUACCGAUGCCUGUGAAGUUUAAAAUGAGCAGUUUCAUUUCGUUAAAUUGUUAGACCAUGGGUGACAACUUUUGUAAUGAAAACUUGUUUCAGGUGUUGGUGAAGAUGGAAUCACAGAAAAGCCAAGUUGAAAAUCAGCCUAUUGAACCAACCACUACUGCACUUGCUGCUGGAACAACCCCUACUCCCCCUGCUGCUGCUGCAACCCCCACAUCAUGCCGAAAAAAGAAGAAUGAACAAGCUACUUUCUUGGAAGAUGUGAAGGAUCACAUUGAUGAGUUUAUCCACGCUUCUAUGGAUGAACAUGUGUCUUGCUUCAAGAAGACCAUUGACAAGAUGUUUAAAAUGUCAAAGGUUGUUGCUGAGAAGAAUGCUGCUGAUGCCAAGGGAGUUGAGAGUUCUUUGCCGCUUCAAACAACUGUAGCAGACUGAUUCCAUCUCCUAUUUUAGGUGGUUCUGUAACUCCAAGACUAAUAACUUUGCUCCUUGACAACUGAAUUUCCGUGUGUUUAUGUUUAUGGCACUCCGGUUUCAUUUCAACUAGCUUGUAAACUUAAGCUUGUAAAGGACGACUGUCAUGAAGUCGAUUUCGUAGUUGAUAAUGGUAGGAAUGCUCUGGUGAUCCAAACAUGUGUUAUUUUAGCAUGUAGCUAGUCACUGUUGGAUUUGAUCCAAAAGGUAAAUCUUUUUCCACCCCGUGAUUCUCACACCUUCAGCCAAUUAAAGGUUAAAAUUAGUAUUAAAUAGGCAUUUUCUCAAAAUAAAAAUCGGUAAGAUGAAUUGCA